GGAAAUCGCGUUUUGGGGGCUCCGUUUCUGGAUUGCUUUUCCGUUUGUUCAUUUCUGGAAUCCCAUGAAAGACAGCUAUGGAUACCCAAUAUAUUGUUAGACUACUUAAUUAUUGUUUUAAUUGUUUUGUUUUGUUUGGUAUUGUUUGGUAAUGUUUAGCUCUGUCAUCCACAGCCACCGAGGGUUCUCUCCCUAAAACUCACACUUUAAAUUGCAAUCUGGCUAAAGCCAGUGAAAAUCAAGGAAGAAUUUUUUUCUUUUUAGAUUUAGUUUUCCAUAAAAGGGUGUAAGAUCCUGUAACUGGACUUAACAGGUGGUUGUGAGCUAGUCAUUGUGGGCACUGGGAAUCCGACCUGGGUCCUCUGCCAGAGCAGCAAGAGCUCUUAGCUACUGAGCCUUCUCUUCAGUCCCAAGAAUUUUCUUUUCGGGGUGAUGUUGGCAUUGAACCGAGGGUCUUUUGAAUAUUACAGAUAAACUCUACUGCUGAGCCACGCCCUGUGUCCGUCACUGGUGGGUUGUAAGAAAGAACUCUACCAUUGAUCCCUGAUCCCUGCUCAAGGAUGAGUUCCUAACCUGUGAGCUUUGUCCAUGAAAGAACAAUAAAACCAGAGGACCAGCCAGCAUGCCUUUGAUCCCAGCAUUGAGGAGGUGGAGGCAGGUUGAUCUUUAAUUUUUAGUAUACUUCGGAUACACAGCGACCCAAGAGAGCGAACUCCCAAAAAAGCGAUUUCCACAGCAAUAAAACACCGUGGGACUUAUCGACUGUUAACGGCAGUGGGGAAUGUAGAUCUGGAGGGAAACCGGAGCUAGGCUCUUCCACUGAGGAAGUCUGGGAAUUGUUUCGGCGCCAGCUUCCCCCUGGAACUCUGUGGUCAUGCACAGAAGCAGUCACCUUUCCCCGUUAUGCCAUCUCGCAGGGCCAAACUCCCCUUUCCUUAGAGACAGUUUAGGCUUUUAUUAGUCAUUAUCUUCAUGCACGCGGAGAGGCUUUGUGGAGGCUUUUGCAGAUGAGGAACUAGUUUACUAGUAUUUAAACCUUUUAGAGAGAGAAAUCGGCAGGUGAGGAUUUAAUGCUUAUGGAUGGAAACAAUUAUAUGUAAGAUGGCGACAAUUAACAGACCCUGCUGAAGGUGUUGGUCAGUCGCCUCUCAUCGCUCAUCAGAGAGUUUGGAGCUUCUCAAAGAUUUGAAUUUCUGGGAAGCCAAUCACCUCAGGCUGCUUUGUGUAGCUUGCUUGCCAGAGCCCUGCCUUGUUUCAAAUAGAAGAGAAUAAUGGUAAGGAUGCAGGAGACAGUGACGUUCAGGGACUUGGCCGUGGUCUUCAGUGAGGAGGAGCUGGAGCUGCUGGAUGCUGCCCAGAGGAAGCUGUACCAUGACGUGAUGCUGGAGAACUUCAGGAACCUUCUGUCAGUGGGAGGCCAGACUCCAAACAAGGUGGAGACUCUUCAUGCAAUAGGAUUAAGUUGCCUUUUACCAGGGUGGCUUCCAUGCUGGCAAAUGACAAGCCAUGAUGUCAACAAACUUGCCAGAAUUCCAGAAGCUGUGAUAUACACUCAAGGAAAGGGUUCUCACUUUUUGGAGCAAUGCCACUCCUCUUGCUAUGGGGGAGCAGAAGAGCCUCCCCAGGCCUCUGAGGAUGGCUGCUGUCUUGAGAGACUCACAAAUGACCAUUCCAGCAUUGCUACAAAUUUGGAAUUUCUGUCUGUCAGAGCUCAGAGUUCUUGGAGGGAAACACAUUUUAGAGAGAGACAGAACCAUCAGAAACAACGUCCACAGACUCUGGUGAAAAACAAGCCACAGCGGUUGGCUUCGGGUGUUGACCUUCUGAGUUGCAUUCCCCACCAUGAUAACAAUAUACUGCAUCAAAGAGACAAAGCCCACAGGAGCGGUGACUAUAGUAAAGUCAUCUGUCCCAAGUCACCUCUCACCCAGCACAGUGUUUACACAGAAGGGAAGACCUACCAGUGCAGCGAGGGCCAAGAAGCCAUCAUUGACAGCCCCGGUUUAGAACUCCAUCAGCAGGUACUGUUGGGAAAGAAGUUUUCUGUACAUGGUGCACUUGAGGACACCAGGCAUAGCUCCAGUGUCCCCAUUCAACAAAAUGCUCUUCCAGCAAAAACGUACUACUGGUGUCAUGAGUGUGGCAAGGGCUUCAGUCAGAGGUCAAGUCUGAAGACUCACCAGAGGGUGCACACAGGGGAGAAACCCUACCUGUGUGACACCUGUGGGAAAGGCUUCAUCCGUAGCUCAGAUCUCAGCAUCCACAGCCUAUUUCACACUGGGGAGAAACCUUACAAGUGUGAGGUCUGUGGGAAGGGCUUCACAAAACGGAAUAUCCUUCAGAACCAUGACCGAAUUCACACAGGAGAGAAGCCGUAUAAGUGUGGAGACUGUGGCAAAUGCUUUACAUUUAGUUCCAGCCUUUACAACCACCAGAGAGUCCACACUGGGGAAAAACCAUACAAGUGUGACAAGUGUGGGAAGUGCUUCAGCUUUAGUUCCAAUCUUGACAGCCAUCAGCGGGUCCACACAGGAGAGAAGCCAUAUAAAUGUGAAGAGUGUGGGAAGAGUUUCAGUUCCUUCUCAUCCUUACAAAGACACCAUGGGGUCCAUCCAGGAGAGAAGCCCUUCUGCUGCAAUGUGUGUGGGAAGGGCUUCACUCGGAACUCAGAUUUUAAGGCCCACCAGACAGCUCACACUGAGGAAAAGCCAUACAGAUGUCAUGUGCGUGGGAAAUGCUUUACAGGCAGGCUUAAUGCCCGCCAGAGAGUGCACACUGGAGAGAAACCCUAUGUAUGCAAGGAGUGUGGGAAAGGAUUCUGUCAUGCCUCAUACCUCCAGGCCCACCAGAAGGUACACACAGGGGAGAAGCCAUACGAAUGUAACACGUGUGGGAAAGCCUUCAGCCAGAGGGGCAAUCUCCAAAGCCAUCAGAAAACUCACACUGGAGAGAAGCCAUUCAAAUGUGGGCACUGUGGGAAGCAAUUCAGGUGGAGUGGUGGGCUUAGUGCUCACUGGAGGGUCCACACAGGAGAGAAGCCCUACACAUGUCAGCAGUGUGGGAAGGGCUUCAGUCAUGCCUCAUCCUUCCUGAGGCACCAGAGGGUCCACACAGGAGAGAAACCCUAUAAAUGUCAGCAGUGUGGGAAGGGCUUUAGUCAUGCCUCAUCCUUCCACUCACACCAGAGGGUCCACACAGGAGAGAAACCCUAUAAAUGUCAGCAGUGUGGGAAGGGCUUUAGUCAUGCCUCAUCCUUCCACUCACACCAGAGGGUCCACACGAGAGAGAGGCCCUAAAUCUACUGUAUCUGCUGUAAUUGCUUCAGUCAGAGAUCACAUCUCAUCUACCAGCAGAGGGUCCACACUGCAGGGAAUCUCUAGGUUUGUUCUACUGUGAGAUGGGCUCCAUGCUGCUGAUUGUUAAACACUCCCCCCAAACCCAUAAGCUUCAGGAGACUUCAUAGGGGACUGUAUCUUGGUUAUUUUGCCUUCACCUCAUUCUCCUACUGGGUUCAUUAUGCAAAGGGAAGAUAGCAUUUUAGAAUAGAUCUUAGCAUACAAAGUAAAAACAAAAUUAAAGAGUUAUACACA